CAGAGCAGCUCGGGCGGGUCGUAAGACGUGAAAUAUAAAGUAGACGUUGUAAUAAACAUGGUCAGUGAUGCUACCAUGAUGCCAUUCUAACAGCAUCCCCGCAACCACCUUCACCACCUUCCUUCAAUAUACUUCAUCAUAUCCAUAGGGAGCUCGACAUGUCUGAAUCAGACAAGCUUGCGGCCAGAAAAGAACGGGCAAAAAUCCCGAUAAUGGUCCGCAAAAUGCUUGCCGGACCACCGAAAGAGAACAUGAUCGGGCCUGCUGAAGGCGAAUCUGCCCCUGAAUACUUCUUCUUCUAUGACGCCCUGAUGGAUCCAUCGACACUUGCCAGAGUCAUCCAACGUCCUGGUCAGCCAAACAUCCGUCGGGCCCGGGUACAGGGAUGGACCUGCAAACUCUGGAAUGGCUAUCCCGCAUUGAUCGAAGGAAAUAUUCCCAACCCGAAUAUUGUUUAUGGAGUGGCAUAUGAGGUUCAGACUGAGAGAGAACGAGAUUUGUUGGUGCAGUUUGAAACAGAGGCGUACAAGUUGCAGCCUGCUGGUAUAUGGUUUGAGGAUGAUAAUACACUUACGAUAGGAUGGAUGUUUCUGUGUAAUAGAGAGGAGGAGGGUUUGCAGGAUGUGUGUGCUAGUUAA